AGCAAAAAUGAAGUGCAUCUGUCUGCUAUUGUUGGUUGUAGCUCCCGCUGCCUGGGCUCGUGUGCCCCUCCAGCCUCUGCCCGAUGUGGAGCUGCCUCCACUCAUGGAAGAGGAGAUCUACGAGCGUGGCAUCUACCUCGAUCCUCUGCCAGAGGCCCGUGCCUCAGGCUGCUCUGUGACCAUUCGUGGUGGUAUGCCCAAGCCAGAGCCUGUGGUGCUUGAAACCGAUUCGGAGAAUAUCUAUCCAUUCAACGAUGUCGGCGCUAUUGAGGUAGAGAACGGCAAGACCUUGCAGCUGUGGUGUCCCAGCGGCUUUACCACACACUCCGACAACGUGUUGACCCUCACCUGCGAGAAUGGCACCAACUUCAAGAUCGGUGGCAGCAGCUACGCGUUCAAGGAUCUGGCCUGCAAAUCGUGGCCCACCUUCAAGGCUGUCAAAUCGGGUGCCACCUGCAAUGGCGGUGUUGUGAUUCGUGUUGGUUUCCAGAUCACCACAUCUCGCUUUGCCGAGCAGUAUUCCGUCUGCUUCAACGAGGAGGAGGAAGUGACCCGUUACUCACGUCAUGUGCUCUCCCCUGGCAGCAACUACUAUGAGACCGGUGUGGAUCGUAUUACCUUCACAACCGGCGGUUUCUUCGAUGGCAAGAACGUGGAUAAGUUGUACACUCAGGUCACACAGCUGGAGACGAUUAACAAGGAUCUGGGCGGUGAUGCUGACAAGUAUUUCGAUUCGUCUGCCAAUGUUUAUCUGGCUCGCGGCCAUCUCGCUGCCAAGGCUGACUUCGACUAUGCUCCCGGGCAGCGCUCCUCCUUCCUGUUCAUCAAUGCCGCACCCCAAUGGCAGGUCUUCAAUGCCGGCAAUUGGGCUCGUGUUGAGGAUGGUCUCAGGGCCUGGGUGUCUAAGAACAAGUUGAAUGUCAACUGCUAUACUGGUGUCUAUGGUGUGGCCAAGCUGCCCAACAAGGAUGGCGUUGAGACUCCUCUGUACUUGGCUCGCGAUGCCAACAAUAAUGGUCUGAUCCCUGUGCCCGCUUUAUAUUUCCGCGUCGUCAUUGAGCCCUCGACUCACAAGGGCAUCGUCUUCGUUGGCGUCAACAAUCCCCAUUUGACUGAGGAGCAAAUCAAGCGCGACUAUGUGAUCUGCAAUGAUGUGAGCGACCAGGUCACCUACAUCAACUGGAAGACGACUGACAUCAAGGCUGGCUGGUCUUAUGCCUGCGAGGUCGCCGACUUCCUUAAGACUGUCAAGCACUUGCCUGCUCUGACUGCUAAGAGUGGUCUGCUUAUCUAAGUUAUUACAUGAAUCAAUAAACUCUGCGGUUAUAUCGAA